CAAAAAAAAAAUAAAAAAAAUAAAAAGGGAAAAAUCGAUUUAAAGAAGCGUCUGGUUGCAAUCCGCCUCCCUCCCGUGUAUUUAUCAACCAACCGCCUCCCUCCUCGUCUCCGGCGAGCGCCGUUGAGCUCCGAAGAAGGGUCCUCAACUUCUUAAAUCCAAGAUCUCGCACACAGAUCCAUCUCCUACCUAUGGUAACCGGAGCAUGCGCCAUGGAGGUCCUUGGAAGCCCCAGCUUCACGGCGGCCUGCCUCUUGGUCGCGCUCUCCUUAUUUUCUGUUGGCCUCAAGUCUUUGCUUUCUGGGGUGCGGAUCCCUGGGAUCCGCCGCAGGAGGAAGAAGCCCGUCCGGGUUUACAUGGAUGGGUGCUUCGACAUGAUGCACUACGGCCACUGCAAUGCCCUGCGCCAGGCUCGCGCCCUCGGAGACCAGCUUGUUGUUGGGGUGGUGAGUGACGACGAGAUCAAGGCGAAUAAGGGGCCGCCCGUCACCCCGCUUCACGAAAGGAUGACAAUGGUUGGUGCAGUGAAGUGGGUUGAUGAGGUCAUUCAAGAUGCUCCUUAUGCUAUAACUAAAGAAUUCAUGAAUAAGUUAUUCACUGAAUACAAUAUAGAUUACAUCAUCCAUGGGGAUGACCCUUGCCUCCUUCCAGAUGGUACUGAUGCAUAUGCUCUGGCCAAAAAGGCUGGCCGAUACAAGCAAAUUAAAAGAACAGAAGGAGUAUCAAGCACUGAUAUUGUUGGUCGUAUGCUACUUUGUGUAAGGGAGAGAUCACUAAAUGGCAGUAACCAUUCUUCUUUGCAACGGCAGUUCAGCCAUGGACACAAUCUGAAAGUUGACAAUGUAGGGUCUGCUACAGGAACUCGGAUCUCCCAUUUCUUGCCUACAUCCCGGCGAAUAGUGCAAUUUUCAAAUGGCAAGGGUCCUGGACCUGAUGCUCGUAUCAUUUACAUUGAUGGUGCAUUUGAUUUAUUCCAUGCUGGACAUGUGGAGAUACUACGACUUGCUCGAGAACUUGGAGAUUUCCUACUUGUAGGAAUUCAUACAGAUCAAACAAUCAGUGCCACUCGAGGACUCCAUCGCCCAAUAAUGAAUCUCCAUGAGAGGAGCUUGAGUGUUUUGGCCUGUCGUUAUGUAGAUGAAGUGAUAAUUGGUGCUCCUUGGGAAGUUUCAAAAGAUAUGAUUACCACCUUUGAUAUCUCUUUGGUGGUUCAUGGAACUAUAGCUGAAAAUAUGGAUUUCCUGAAGGAGGAUUCAAAUCCAUAUUCUGUUCCCAUGGCUAUGGGAAUCUACAAGCAACUACAAAGUCCUUUAGAUAUCACAACUAGUACAAUCAUCAAGAGAAUUGUUUCUAAUCAUGAAGCAUAUCAGAAAAGAAACGAGAAAAAGGAAGCAAGUGAAAGGAGGUACUACGAGAACAAAAGCUAUGUCAACGGUGACUAACACCCACUUAGUGAACUAGGAAACAUUAUUCUUGAAAGCCCUACAUUUCUAAUGCCUGCAGGGGCAGUUGUUGCAAUAUCGAGCAAGUUCAUCGGCUUGAAUUUUGUUUGUUCUAUAAUUUUUCACAGAAACUCAUUCUGCAGCUACUAUAUAUAUAUACAUACAUAUAUAUAUAUAUAUAUAUAUAUCAGUUUACAGGGUGUAAUUUUGUCAGUUAUUUACCUCAAUAGUCUGGGGCAACAAUCGAUGGAUUUAUUAUUAGUUUUGGUUGCUUCUAUGGAUGGGUGCAGUGGGUAGCUGUAUAGAUGGUUAUUCCAAUAAGCCUUGGGUUAAUUUUCAAUGAAUGUAAAAUAUCUCAUUGGCUGUUUAACCUUCUCUAUACAAAAAGUCACUACGUUAAAGUAAAAUGUCUUAUAUCAUUUAUCUAUUUGUAUCUCGUGGGAUCAAUGAAACUGGCAUCCAUCACUUUUGCUCUUAUUAUUAGUUUUGACUUGUAUAAAUGUGUUUUAUUAAUGAUUAUAUCUCGCUACUCCAGCCCGAGCUUCAAUGGGUUUUCUUUAGGUAUCUUCGGCCAUCCCAGUUCGGUAACUAAGAGCUAAAAUGGCCAAUUGUUAACCAGGUGGUUAACAAAUUAUAAUUGUCAUAAUUGUUAUAAUUAGAUUUGAUCAAGUAUUUUUUUUAAAUUAGUAAAUAAUAUUCUAAUAUAAUUACACUUUAUAUAUAAAAAUUUUGAUUAAAUUAAUUUACUAUAGUGGUAGCCGUUAUAAUAAUAUUGAAAUAAGUCCUUUUCAUUUUAACAUAAUUGGUUAGUUGGUGCUCUUCAGUGAUAAAUAACGCAACUCUUCAUAAAUUUUGCCCUUUAUUUUAAUCUAAAUUCGUAGUUGAGACGUUCUGAGAAAGUAAAUGCUCUUUCUGUUAAAAGGACAAAUAUAAAGGAUGUAUGCGAAAAGGGAUAAAGAUCCAGCGGGAAAUAACCCCCCGUGGCACAAUGUCCGACAAGGUCACGUGCUUCGACGGUGCCGUUAACUAUUGCUUUUUCUGUAUUCCAGCGUUAGACGAAAGUGAGAGAGGUGGACGAAGCCACCGCCCCAUUUUGUGUGUGAGAGAGACAGAGAUUCCUUUCCAGAACCCUAAUCUCUUGUCUGAAACCUAUGGUUUCGGUUCUACUGGCGAGAUUUUAUUUGGGGAGCUCGAUCGACGCCCUCGCGCUCGUUAUCGACUUCACAGCGGCGGCUUUUGGCUGAUUGUUUGGGAUUUGAGGUGGAGACUGGGUGCCUGUGAGCCGAUGCGCUUAUUGCUCAGCUUCAGGCAAGGAGUUCUUGUUCCAAGGGUCUUAAUUGAUCAUUGUUUCGGCUUGGAGUCCAAUUAUUCGCCCAUGGCAGUAGCUAAAUGUGACAUCCAAAGUUGAUUUUUUACUACUGCAAUAUACUUUUUGAUCUCCUUUGUGUUUCUUACGUCUCUCAAGUGUUGGGAACUGGAAAUUCCAAAAGAUUGCAAACGUUUGGGCAUCAACAUCUCCAUUAAGUUGGAGAGGAAUCUCAGGGAAGGAACUUUUUGUUGGGUAGCAAAAUCCAAAGAGAAAAGGGAAAAAAUGCAACCAAAA